AAACCCCUCCCAAUGUUGCCCAGGUGAGGGCUGUCUCCCACGUGAAUGCGCUUCUCAUGUCUGGCAAUGACGUCAUGCAUACCAACAACCCAUCGCUCCACGCACAUCUUGCCCCUAGCAACAUCCAUAAUUCCGAUUCCCUCUACCAGUACACAGUAAUUACCUCCGCCGUCUCCCUCUUCCCAAAAUGGGUCGCCGACACCGCGCGAUCAGCACCUCGAUCCUCCGAGCCAUCUUCCACUACAAAGGACACUCCAGCCAUAACAACCAUCAUCAGAAAAACAAUGAAUAUAGACCGCCCGGGCUACUGGCCCGCAUCCUCGCCUUAUUCUCCGUAUUCUACAUUUCGCUAGAGAGAUACCGGGCAGAAUUGUUCAAGAAGCUGCGGAAUGACAUUUGGGAGGUUGACGAGGAGGAGUAUGUCGAGAGUUUCCGAAACCCGGGUAAAGGAUCGCGGACGGAUUUGAUUGCGAUUGGGGAUCUGGGGUAUUCGGGGUCGGUAUGUUGAUCCCAUGCAGGCUCCUUACUCUUCAACGUCUCUGAUCAGUUCAUAUAAAAAGACAACGGUACUAAUUCCCCCUCCCAGGCAUUCUUCACAA